AUGGAGGAUUAUAUUCAUCUUCUUUCAAAGCCUGCGUACUACUUGAAAAUCCAGAAUGAGAUGUGGCAGAUGAGGUGCACCAAGUGGAAUCCAUGGUGGAAAGUUGAUGAAGAGACGCCAAUUGCUAUUGCUUGGAUAUCCUUUCAAGAUUUACCUCCUAACUUCUUUGGGAGGGAGUUUGUAUUUUCAUUAGCAAGGGCAGUAGGGAGGCCACUACAUGUGGACUUGGCAACACAAAAUGGUACACGAUCAAGCUGUGCAAAGGUGAAAGUUGAAGUUAACUUGAUGGCCAACUUGCCUCAAAGAAUCAAGAUUGUUGAAGAGGAAGAUGAGACUGGGCCGGAAGAGUUCAAGUGGAUAAAAAUCAGGUAUGAUUACAUGCCAAAGUACUGUAAAUCAUGUAAGAAACAAGGACAUAAGGAAGAGGAAUGCUGGGUGAUUAAUCCGGAAUUGAGGAGAUUUGAAGAACCAAAUAAUGAAGUGAAGGAGCAAGGGAAGGGACGGGAAGUACUGGUGACAUCUAAGGAGAUUGGUACUGAUGCAAACUCGACAAGGGUGUUAUCAAGUGGUAGGGUAUUUGGGAAAUCAAUUCCUAAUCAAGCUAAACAGGAAUGGAUGCAAGCAAGGAAAAACAAGUAUCAACGGGAUAAAAGAGGGCACAUUAUUGAUGAUAAAGCUGGAAAAGAUGCGGACAAAGGGAAAGGGAAGAACAAAGUGGAGGAGGUGACAAUGAAGAAUAAAUUUGAUAAACUGGAGGUGGAGGAAAUUCAAAAUCCCCCUCUUCAAAUAACGGAGGGAAAAGGCGAAGAUCAUGACAAUGGGAAAAAGAAAGAACAAGUUCAAAAGAAGACCAGAGAAUUACAGGAAAAGGUGAGAGAAGCUAAGAAUGUGGAGGCAACUUCGAAGCUUAAUCCUACUAGGGCUGGGGUGGUGCAGAAGGAGUUAAUACGAGUGAAAAAGGAGGCAGUGGAGAAGGCCUUGAUAGGAGACAAUCCUAGCUCUAGUAACACCCCUCCAAGUAAGUCUAUAGGAGACCUAGAAGUGGUUGAUCCCAAUACUAACAAGGAGUCAACUAUUGAGUGGGUGCAUAGGAG